UGUUAGUUAUAUUUUUAGUUUUAGUUUAGUUUAUUUAUCGUUAAAUUCCUAUUUUUUAUCAUCAAUAAAUACAAAUUGUUAAGGAAUUAGUAGCAUUUUUCUAUGGUUAAAGUCUACUGUAAUCAUGUUACAAAUUAAAUUAUAUACCCCGGCGCCUUGCAAACACAUAUUUAUUACUGACUUAUCGACUGAUGAAGCUAAGAGUAAAUUCAAAAUAUUUUGUUGACAUGACAUAACAUAAAAUCUAUGAUUAAUUUUACUUAAAAACUGAUAAGUUUCAAAUUGAAACUUUCAAUUGAGGGAUUUAUUAAUUACUUAAUUUAGCUUCGUGUUUUGCAUGAAAAGAUGAGACCAUGCAUGAGACGAAUUUUUCAUGAAACUUUGUUGUUUAAUUGAGACGUGCUUUCUCUUUUUUUUUGGCACGAGUUUGAGUUCGGCUCUGUUGACAAAAUAAAUAAAAACAAAACUUGCAGCUGCAUUUUCACCAAAUUUGUAUGUUCAAACUUAACUAUAAAAUUAGUUAAUUUGUCUUCUCAAAGGUCAUAAUUAGAUACUAUGAAUUAGUAACGCUAUUGUCCGCCGCUUAGGGCAAGAUUAUGCUUGGGAGCUGUGUGAGAGUACUCGGAUUUGCAGCCGUCAUUUUACUGGUCAGGUUAUCCUGCAACUGGCGUGAACGAUCCGUCAUCUCCUCAAACAACGUCCCCUUCAUCAGAUCUACCCACCAUGUCCAACCAAGUCUGCCUUCUUUGCUUACAAGUUAACCACAGCGCAGCGAAAAAAUCCCCCACAAAAAUUAAAAUUGAAACCCUCUGCAACCUGCUAACACUGCGUCGCCAUAAUUACGAACCUACUCAGUAUCUACCUCCUGAAUUUGAAGAUGACGAGAUAUGUGAGUUUUGUGACGACUGUUAUCCUCUCAUCAGUAAAAUGGAAGAAAUUAGGAACCAAAUUUUACUCCUGGAGGAAGAAAUUGUGUCAAAAGUUGGUACAAUUCAGGCCACAAUUUUACUCACUUCUUCCUCCUCCCACUCCCUUAAAAAUGAGGAGGAUCGUAAAAUUGUACAAAUUCGUGACAUGAUUCUCCGCAUGACAGGAGGGAAUGAACAGCAUGAAGAAAAUUUUAUAACAGAAGAGGUACACGUCAAAGUGGAACCUGAGACGGAAGUGGAAAAUGACGUUGAUCCCCUCGGAGAUAUGGAUGACUGCCUUAAUCCCUCCCCCCAGCCAAUUGUCGACAAAAUAAAGGCGGAAAAUUCACUUGACGACGACGACGAAGACCCUUUUUACCGUACUUUUAGUACUAGUCCUCCUUCCCCAAAAACGUCGAGGGGGCGGACGUCUCCGACCCCAACUAUUACAGCACCACCACUACGAAAACGAAAGAGAAGAGAUUCUCCAGCAGCACGAAAAACGGUGCAGCCUAAAACAGUCAAAUUGCAGUCUAAAAAAGCUUGUCAAAUAAAAUCCUCGCCAGCUAAAAGCACCCAGGAUUGGUUAAAAUGUCCGGUCUGUGAUAAGGUGUUCAACUGUAGUUCUACAAGGUCAAGGCACAUUCGUUUCUUCCACCUCCCUCGUGAUAAGAAACCAUCUUGUGUCGGGUGCAAGCUUAUUUUGUCAUCAGAUAACUCUCUCUUGCGCCAUCAAAAAGCUUGCAAAGGUAUUUUGUAGCCGGAUAAGAAUUUAUUGCCUACAAUGAUUUCAAGCACACACGGGAGAGUGGGUCUUCCAUUAGUUCGCUGUGAAGUCAGGGCAAAAUUUGCAUUUGAUUUGACAGCUAGAGGGUCAUGGCGUCCUUUCUGAUACGAUGAUCGAAAUAGUAAUUUAUUUAUGUAGACGAACAAGCUGCUGCUAUGAUUGUUAAUCAGUAUUGCUAAGUUGUCGUAAAUUUAUUUAACUUAUUUAACGAGAGCCUCAUUUAAACAGGCAGAGUACAAAUUACAAAUAUGAUAAUUAUAUAUAUAUUAAAGUACGAA